AUGAAGGUCACUGAGAGUUUCCUGCUGCUGCUGCUGCUUGCCGCAUGCCCCAUGCUUAAAAGUACAUCGGCAUCUGAGUCUCCUCCACCAAAUAUCUACGAUGCUCUGAGAGAGUUGAAGGAGGAGAUCGCCUUACUUAAAGGCACACAGGUGGCGUUCUCCGUCUCUCUGUUGCCUUCAGGCUCAGAGACUCAGGGACCGUUUCCCGUCUUAACCACGCUGAUCUUCAAACACGUCCUGACCAACAUCGGAGAUGGCUACAACAAACACACAGGUGUUUUCACCGCACCGGUGAAGGGAGCGUACCACUUUGAGUGGCACGUCGGCGCACAUGGCUACACUGCUGGUGGCUUGCUCGUCAAGAACUCAACGCCCAUCUUCCUGGCGUACGAGAAGCAGACGGCCCAUUUUGGGACGGCGUCCAACAGCGCCACGGUGCUCCUGGAGGUCGGAGACACCGUAGUUGUGCGCCUGUGGCCUCAUACGAAGGUGUACGACAAUUGGAAUCACCACACCACGUUCAGCGGUCAUCUGCUUUUCCUCAUGUGA